AUGCAGUCACCCACCCUUUCCAGAUUAAGCUUACGUGAAGCAGAACAAAGGUUUGGGAUACCCAGAUCGACCGUAAAAAACAGGCUUUCUGCCAAGCAUUCAAAAAAUGUAGGGCGAUCUCAACUGUUUACAGAUGAGGAACAACUUUCCUUUCAACACCAUCUCAUAAAAUUGUGCGAUUUUGGAUUUCCAAUUUAUGAACUGGACUUUCGUAUGGCUGUCAAAAGUUAUUUAUCUAAAAAGGGUGACAAUAUUCCUCUGUUCAAGAAUAAUUUGCCUGUUUAUGAGUGGACAAAAUACUUUUUGAAAUGCCACAAUGAACUCUCUGUUCGAAUGAGCUCAAACAUCAAAAAGGUCAUAGUUCAAAUCAGUGAAACAGACUUGAACAGUUACAUGGAUAACUUAAGUGAUGCUGUGAAAGAGGUACCAUUGUCCAGAAUCUGGAAUUAUGACGACACGAAGCUCUGUGAUGACUCAGGAAGUAAGAAGGUGAUUUGCAAACAAGGUGCAAAAUAUGUAGAAAACAUUUGUAACUUUAGUAAGAGCUCAACUUCUAUAAUUUUCUGUGGCAAUGCUGAGGGCAGAUACUUGCCAGCUUAUGUAGUGUAUGAAGCUGAUCACAGUUGGUCCACAUGGACAGAAAACGGACCUCAGCACACUCGAUACAACAGAACCAAAAGUGGCUGGUUUGAUGGAGUGACAUUUGAAGAUUGGUUUUUAUCUCACUUUCUCCCUGCAGUGAAGCAUGAAGAACUACCAGUUGUAAUCAUUGGUGAUAAUCCAUCUUCCCAUAUUAGCCAACAAUUGCUUCGGGUGUGUGAGGAAAUGCAAUUAGGUCUGUGUGUUUAUCAUCUAACACCAGUCAUCUCGCACAACCAUUGGAUGUUGCUGUUGUGCUCCAAUGAACAAACUAUUGCAGAUCUUGAGGAAGUGGAAAGAGUCCAAGUCCAGCUACAAGUUUACUACAGUGCCUAA